AUGUCGGGUUAUAGACACCUUCUGUACAGUCAAAUGCCAGUAGAUCUUGAAUCACCCGAGCCUUUUUGGCUCGGGUCUCAAGUUCCUGAUGAUUCUCCUAGCGAAAUCCCUCCUGAGUGUCCUAGUCAAAUCCCUCCUGAGUGUCCUAGUCAAGUCCCUGGUCAGUCUCGUAGGCAAGUCCCUAACUACUACAACGCCAGCCCUCAGCUCGUUGGGCAAGUACCGCGAGAGGUUACUUCUUGUAUGCAGAGGUGGUCUAGGAUCAAUCAUGAAGUAUCCAGAUUCACUGGUUGCUACAACCAGGCGCUGAGGGAGCAGAGAAGCGGCCAAAAUGAUGAUGAUGUGAUCAAAGCUGCUUACGACAUAUUCUUCACCAAGUACGAUACCAAGUUCACACUCGAUCACUGCUGGAGAGAGCUCAGGCAUGAGCAGAAAUGGGCCUCCACUUAUAUUGCUAAGGAUGGUGGAAAGGAAAAGCGGAGGCCAGUGAUGGAUCUUGACGGACCAGAAGAAAAUGUUGUUGGAGAAGAUGAGGAUAGACCAGUCGGAGUAAAGGCUGCGAAAGGUGCCAGUAAGAAGAAGAAGAGUGGCCGAGAUGAGGAGUUGUCUAAGCUUCAAGGCGUUUUGGAACUUAAGGAAAAACUGUCUAGAAAUAAACUCCUUGAUCGCUUGCUGGCCAAGAAAGAGCCAUUGUCUGAGAUCGAAACAACACUAAAAAUGAAGCUUAUGUCUGAAAUGUUAUGA